AUGGGGACCACGACGGCGUCACCCCUCGAGAAGGUCUCGCGCUCUGUCGGUUGUGGAGUGGCGAGGCGGUUUGCCUGCAGCCCGACUGACAGAACCGCACAGUCGUUUCAUUGCGGCCACUUCCUCAGCAUCACCCGCUGCGGUGGUGUCCGCAAGAGCCUCAGCCCCGAUGAGGAUGGCCUCGUAGUUGUCUGGCAGCCCAGAACUUCAGGGCCUUUGCCCUUCAGGAUUGCCCCUGCAGCACGACUGGCGCAGCACCGGCCAGGCAUCGUACUUCUCCAGGAGUGCAGGCACCAGAGUGCCCCAGCGACGAGGCUCGUUGGCUGCACUGACCUUCCACCAGGCCUGCAGUGGGCGUGCCGGUGGCGUGGCCUUCGUGGUGCGCCACACCUUGCCGUGCGAGCGCCUGUUGCUCGUGGCCCCAACUGCCUGGAGAACACUGCCUUCCGCGUGCGCCCACCGGCCAGCCCCAGCAUGCACGUGGUGAACCUCUGCAGCCUUCCCACGGCAAUUGCUCACGCUGCUCACUUUGCGAGCACCAUUCGUCGCCCUGGUCCUGCAGCGCCUAUUGCGGGCGACCCGAAUUCACACCAUGAGCUGCGGGAAGGUCGCUCACCAUCCACGACGGCAGGAGAGGAUCUCGCCGCCACCCCAACCGGCAUGGAGUGUGAGCUGUCUGACGACCCGGCACAGGCAACGCGGAUCAGCGGCCGCAGCGUCUCUUUUCCCAACGUGACUGCGCAACGCGUAUUGCGUGUCUCCCACUUGACGUCCAGCCGCUGCAUGGAGUCGGACCACCAUCCGCCAUUCCACACUGCAGAGACGGAGGACGGCCUUCCGCGACAGACAGGCAUGCUGCCACGACGGAAACAUGCCGUUGUCCUGCGCGAAGCUGACUGCGAUGCUUCCACCUCGGCGUGUGCAACGCCCCUGUCCACCGUAAUCACAUGGUUGGAGAUGCACCGAGGCACCGUGUGA